AUCAGAGGAAGUGGUGUCAAAGUGUUCCUUCUUUUCUUUCAGUAACUGGAAUGAAUCCUUUGUCUCCAUAUUUAAAUUUGGACCCUCGCUAUCUAGUACAGGAUACAGAUGAGUUUAUCUUGCCCACAGGAGCCAACAAAACACGAGGCAGAUUUGAACUGGCCUUUUUUACCAUUGGAGGAUGUUGUAUGACAGGGGCAACAUUGGGUGCGCUGAAUGGUUUGCGGCUUGGCUUGAAGGAGACACAGAAUAUGGCAUGGUCAAAACCUAGAAAUGUACAAAUUCUAAAUAUGGUGACAAGGCAAGGAGCAUUAUGGGCUAACACGCUGGGAUCUCUGGCUCUGCUUUACAGUGCAUUUGGAGUCAUUAUUGAGAAGACACGAGGUGCAGAGGAUGACCUGAAUACCAUAGCUGCUGGAACCAUGACAGGAAUGCUGUACAAAAGCACCGGUGGACUGCGUGGGAUAGCACGAGGCGGCAUUGCAGGUCUGACGCUUACUGGCCUCUACGCUCUCUAUAACAACUGGGAGCACAUGAAGGGCUCCAUAGCCCGGCAGUCCCUCUGAGCAGGGCAGCCAGCGCUGGACAGAGGACGUGCUUGCAUAGUCACGAAUCAAAUCGGUUGUGAGAUCUGUCUGGUGCCCGUUACUAUUUUAUUUACAAUUAGCACUGAAGGAAGCUAUCAUGCUGGAAGGAACCUCUUGACACGAUUUAGCUGGACUGGCCCUUUCCUUCCUGCCAGCCAGUCGCUGGAAGCGGCAACGUUUGUUGGACUGCAAGCGAACAGAGUGGCCACCAGGAUCCAGUCUCCCUGACACAUUCACCAACUAGCCCCGGGGCAGAGCUGCAAGGCGUGCUCAGGCCCCAUAGUUGUACAUGCUGCGCCACCAGGUUUGUUCAGUUGCGUGUACUACACCAAUAGCGCUGCAUAAUAAAGUUUGUGUCCACAGA